CCCUUUAAGAGUCUCUCCUGGCUCACGUGUGUGAUCAGCUGACAGUGACGCUACAGGGGAAACUCUCCCUGUUCCUGAAACAUCGGGCUCUGCGGGUUGCUCGGGCGCCUGGCUGGGCUGGGCUUUCUGUCUGCGCCUCUCUUUGGGGUCUGGCGGCUGUAAGAGCCGGGCGGCUGCCACCGUUGCCGGGUCCUUGCUUGCAAGAGAGUCCAGAGGCGCGUGUACCUGCUGCGUGCGGGGAGAACGAGCAGCGCUUCAGCGACAGUCUCGGAGAUCCAUUCUUUGCCCAUCCACCCGGUGCGAGCCUGGCCAAGACCCCCGCCUCCUUUACCGGGAAAGCUCCCUGCCAGCAACAGCAGCUCCAUACUUCUGGGCGUCCCUGUGAUUUUCCUUCCACGAAAGCUUCCAGUCGCUGAGAGCACAGGACUCGCUUCUCUAGCCGCCUCUGUCUGACUCCAGCCCUCUUCACCCUGCUUGAUAAGAGCAGGCUUCUCUUGAGACCUAUUAACGCCUAAUCCCAGUUGUGAUCCCAGUUCAUGGAUUAUCUGUGUUUCCGAGCGCUUUGCUGCAAAGGACCUCCGCCGCCACGACCAGAGUAUGACUUAGUUUGCAUAGGUCUCACUGGCUCAGGCAAGACUAGUCUACUGUCACAGCUCUGCAGUGAAAAUAGGGAGAAUAUAGUGUCUACCACAGGUUUUAGCAUAAAAGCAGUGCCAUUCCAGAAUGCCAUCUUGAAUGUAAAAGAGCUUGGAGGGGCUGGCAAUAUCAGGAAGUACUGGAGUCGUUACUACCAGGGAUCCCAAGGAGUAAUAUUUGUAUUAGACAGUGCUUCUUCAGAAGAUGAUCUAGAAACAGCUAGAAACGAACUGCACUCUGCGCUUCAGCACCCACAGUUGUGCACGUUGCCAUUUUUAAUACUGGCCAAUCAUCAAGACAAGCCAGCAGCUCGUUCAGUACAAGAGAUCAAAAAAUAUAUGGAACUUGAACCACUUGCACGAGGAAAACGCUGGAUACUUAAACCCUGUUCCUUGGAUGAUAUGGAAGCAGUAAAAGACAGCUUCAGCUUGCUGAUAAAUUUACUAGAAGACAGAGAUCUCGAGCCUUCAAGAGUGUGAAGAAAAAUAGGAUGGUUUUCAGAUAGCGUACCUGUUCGUCUUGCUUUCAGCUGAAUUAUGGUUUGGUAUAAAAAAGACUGUGUUAGAGCUUGUAAUAAAUGUACUUUUUUGCAUUUAGUCUGAAAAGUCUGUUUUAUAAGUUCUGUGAAUCAGGUUUGUGAUUCUUUUCAGUAAAGUUGUCCCUACUAUUGAACUGGGGAGUUCCUCUUGUCUAUGACCAGUUCUGCUCACUGUAUGCCAUUCUGCUGCAUGUGCAAAACCUAAAAAUCUAAAUGGACACACAAAGAUCAAACUGUGUUUCUGAAAAGAAAAUGUGUUUUCCACAUCUCUGGCUAUUACUUGUGUAUGUUUGGGGUGAGCACCCAAGCUAUUUGGAUAUUAUGGUCACUGAAAACCACAGUGAAAUCCAAGAAAUUUGUUUUUGAUGCAGAUACUAGUCACAAGCCUUAUUGAAUACAUACACCUACCUUUUAACCAUUUAUACAUUUAAAUGUUUUCAGAGAGACAAACCAUCAAUAAAGUGAGAGAUGAGGCAAAGACUACAGGCAUAUCAGUAUUUUGUUAUGAAUUUGAAAGUGUCUUGAGUCCAAAAAAUAACCUUUGUGAAUUUGUAGAUGUAACUUAUGUAGUCAGGAUUAUGGAACAAAAACAAUAAGCAGGUUUAAAUAAUCACUGGAUGUAUUCUACAUAACUAGUAUUAUGUUAGAAUUCCUAGGCCAUGGAAUUAUUUUUUUAAAUGUUGGAGUCUCUGAAUUAUACACAAAAUCUGUGUUUGUUCCUUAAAUGCCCCUAUUUUCAGGGGCUUAGAUUUUUCUUUCAGACAUUGUUCCCACUGAAUGUUGGCUUUUCAUCCAAAACACAGGGUGUCUUGUUUUUUGUUACUACUGCUGCUGUUAAAUGUGAAAGCACUCCAUUUAAUUCCAGAAUGUAGCCCUUUCUCUUCCCAGGUUUACUGGGUUAGAAGCCCACAGACUGCUUCAAAUGUCAAAACUGACUUGACUGCUGGACUACUGUCCAUGAUACAGCUGCAAACCACAGAGGAUAGCUCUUCACUGGUUGUGUUUGUACUUUGAAUAGUGCACCUUUUUAUAUUAACUUAUCAAGAAGUGAGGGCAAAGACCUUGGCAGAACACUGAUAUUACAGCAUUUUGUCUGUCUUUUCUAUUUUUAACUUAGGGAUUUGUUGGGUCCCCCCACCCCAGGUUAAAUGCAAAUUAUUGUUUACUUAAAAAACAACAACAACCAAUUGUGUGUAUUUUCUUCUGGAAUGAAGUUGUGAAGAAAGGGUUAUUAAACAAUUUUUCAAAUAUAA